CCAGGAUGGUCUCCAUCUCUUGACCUCGUGAUCCGCCCGUCUCGGCUUCCCACAGUGUUCAGAUUACAGGCGUGAGCCACCGCGUCCUGCGGAAUAACUUUCAAAUAAAAGACAAUUCUGAAUAUUUUAGGUGAUCAGUGAAAACGAUGACCACUUCUCCUUUCUCUCAAUAUAAACCGUAGCAGCAUAGAAAACUUGAGAAGCUUCAAACAUACUAAUUUAUUUACCCUAUCUCAAUUAAAUCAGGCUCUCUGGUGUUGGGGCGGGGGUGUGGAUGUGGGGGUUGGGAGUUGCUUUCUAAAAGCUCUCCAGGUGUGAUUUAAAUAUGCAUGCUGGGGCGGGACCCACCGGACUAGAAUUUAUUAAGUAAUGCCUUUCCUCUUAUUUAGUGGAAGCAUGGCGAGAUUUCGCUUUUUACAUUUAACUCAUUUUAUAGAAAAAAAGCAAAGAAAGCCCUAUUCAAUAAAGAAAGCACUCCCUAGGCACUUGCUCUAGUGAUACGGUGGUUAUUCAUUAGGGACUGUCACUCCAGCUGAACUCUAUGUCUACUUAAGCAGUUAGACACUGUCCUCUUUAUUUCUGCGCUCUUGUACAUCAUUUCGUAUAUGGUGGAACCCUUCGAAUUACUUGCCUUCCUAGAGUUUGACACGUGGUGAGGGAGGUUUUUUCCUUUAAAAAACAUUACUAGCAGUUGGAAAAAAUUUAAAGGCAUAUGGCAGGUGUUCAAGAAAAGUUUUUAAGAACCAUCUUGACCGGGCGCGGUGGCUUACGCGUGUAAUCCCAGCACUUUGGAAGCCUGAGGCAGGCGGAUCACCUGAGGUCAGGAAUUCGAGACCAGCCUGGCCAACAUAGUAGAAACCCGGUCUCUACUAAAUAUACAAAGCCGGGCGUGGUGGCGCACGCCUGUAAUCCCAGCUUCUCGGGAGGAUGAGGCAGGAAAGUCACUUGAACCCGGGAGAAGGAGGUUGCAGUGAGCCGAGAUCGGCGCCACUGCACAACUAUCUCAAAAAAGCAAACAACAUAAAAAGGCAGACCCUCCCUAUCCCCAUUCAAAAGCAACGUUGUGAGGAGGCUCAGCUGUGACAGCGAGCUGUACUCCCCUCCCCCAUUCCCAAGCGCAGCACUCUUCCACCCUCUGCCUACCCAGAGCAGGUUUCCGUUUCUUCUCACUUCCCCUUCCGGGUCAGGACCCUGCCCAUGUUCCGGUCUUGCGCACGAGGGCUAGAACGCAGCCACUCUGCUGGCGUUUCCAUGGUAGCGAGUGGCCUGAUCUUUGCGGGGCUAAGCAACGAAGUAGUAUCAGUGUUCCGUAGCCCCACUGGAACUACGCAGAGCCAGGCCAGCGGGACCACAGAAUGGGCUGAGGCGGCGGCGGCUCUUUGGAUAAAGUCGACAGCGGGACGUGGGGCGUGACGCCGGUCCGGCAUCCUAAGACGUCUGGUUUGAGUUGCGGGCGGGACCAGGCUUUUUUUAGGACCUUGGGCCUGAUAAGCGGGCGACUGCAGUAGUGCGGGAACCUAUUAUUUGACAGGAAUAUGACAGGAAGUGUGGGGACUCCAUGCUUGAUGGAUGGUGACUUAUAGUGAAGUAAUCUCAGUGUUGAUGGGCAUGACCGGAACAGCAGGAGUACCCUAGUAAAAGCCCAGCUUGAAAAUGGAGAUGUAUGAAACCCUUGGAAAAGUGGGAGAGGGAAGUUACGGAACAGUCAUGAAAUGUAAACAUAAGAAUACUGGGCAGAUAGUGGCCAUUAAGAUAUUUUAUGAGAGACCAGAACAAUCUGUCAACAAAAUUGCGAUGAGAGAAAUAAAGUUUCUAAAGCAAUUUCAUCAUGAAAACCUGGUCAAUCUGAUUGAAGUUUUUAGACAGAAAAAGAAAAUUCAUUUGGUAUUUGAAUUUAUUGACCACACAGUAUUAGAUGAGUUACAACAUUAUUGUCAUGGACUAGAGAGUAAACGACUUAGAAAAUACCUCUUCCAGAUCCUUCGAGCAAUUGACUAUCUUCACAGUAAUAAUAUCAUUCAUCGCGAUAUAAAACCUGAGAAUAUUUUAGUAUCCCAGUCAGGAAUUACUAAGCUCUGUGAUUUUGGUUUUGCACGAACACUAGCAGCUCCUGGGGACAUUUAUACGGACUAUGUGGCCACACGCUGGUAUAGAGCUCCAGAAUUAGUAUUAAAAGAUACUUCUUAUGGAAAACCUGUGGAUAUCUGGGCUUUGGGCUGUAUGAUCAUUGAGAUGGCCACUGGAAAUCCCUAUCUUCCUAGUAGCUCUGAUUUGGAUUUACUCCAUAAAAUUGUUUUGAAAGUGGGCAAUUUGUCACCUCACUUGCAGAAUAUCUUUUCCAAGAGCCCCAUUUUUGCUGGGGUAGUUCUUCCUCAAGUUCAACACCCCAAAAAUGCAAGAAAAAAAUAUCCAAAGCUUAAUGGAUUGUUGGCAGAUAUAGUUCAUGCUUGUUUACAAAUUGAUCCUGCUGACAGGAUAUCAUCUAGUGAUCUUUUGCAUCAUGAGUAUUUUACUAGAGAUGGAUUUAUUGAAAAAUUCAUGCCAGAACUGAAAGCUAAAUUACUGCAGGAAGCAAAAGUCAAUUCAUUAAUAAAGCCAAAAGAGAGUUCUAAAGAAAAUGAACUCAGGAAAGAUGAAAGAAAAACAGUUUAUACCAAUACACUGCUAAGUAGUUCAGUUUUGGGAAAGGAAAUAGAAAAAGAGAAAAAGCCCAAGGAGAUCAAAGUCAGAGUUAUUAAAGUCAAAGGAGGAAGAGGAGAUAUCUCAGAACCAAAAAAGAAAGAGUAUGAAGGUGGACUUUGUCAACAGGAUGCAAAUGAAAAUGUGCAUCCUAUGUCUCCAGAUACAAAACUUGUAACCAUUGAACCGCCAAACCCUAUCAAUCCCAGCACUAACUGUAAUGGCUUGAAAGAAAAUCCACAUUGCGGAGGUCCUAUGACAAUGCCACCCAUCAAUCUAACUAACAGUAAUUUGAUGGCUGCAAAUCUCAAUUCAAAUCUCUUUCACCCCAGUGUGAGGUUAACUGAAAGAGCAAAAAAGAGACGCACUUCUUCACAAUCUAUUGGACAAGUUAUGCCUAAUAGCAGGCAAGAGGAUCCAGGUCCUAUUCAAAGCCAAAUGGAGAAGGGUAUAUUUAAUGAGCGAACAGGUCACAGUGACCAAAUGUCUAAUGAGAACAAAAGGAAGCUGAAUUUUUCCAGAUCUGACAGGAAAGAAUUCCAUUUUCCAGAAUUGCCUGUCACAAUACAGCCAAAAGAUACAAAAGGAAUGGAAGUUAAACAGAUAAAAAUGCUGAAGAGGGAGUCAAAGAAAACAGAUUCAUCUAAGAUACCAACUUUACUUAAUGUGGAUCAAAAUCAAGAAAAACAAGAGAAUACAGGAAAUGCACAAACUGAAAGGAAGAAGAAUCUACCAGAUGUAGAGUAGAAAAUGCAGCAGCUGAAAAUUCAGGGAAUCCCAGAAUCACUGUAUGGUUUUAAAAAAAUCCUUUUUAUUAAUGUUACAUACACAAAAAUACUAACUAGAGAAUUCUACAGGUAUAUUGUAAAUCCUUUUAGUUAUAUGUAUAUUCACCUAAAUUUGUUUUUAAAUUUAUUAAUCUUUAAAUUAUUCAUGUUUUCUUAAUUUGAGCAUGAAUUUAUAAAAACUACCUGACUGGUACAUCCUAAUAAGAUUUCAGCUUACAUUUAGUCAUA